AUGAGGUUCCUCUCGCGCUGUUCCGUCAUCAUCGCCCUUGCCGUCACCCUCAUCCUCUACCUGGGCUGGGUCAUUCCCUCGACGCGUCAAUACACCCAGUUCCAGAAGUCGUGGUCCGGCUCGGUGCGCAGGAUCGUCACCUUUGGCGACUCCUGGUCCGACACAGGCCGCUAUAUUCUCAACGGGCCUCCGCCCGGCUAUGAGCCCAUCAGACAUCCCGCCAGCGGUCCCGUCUGGCCCGAGGCGCUCUGUCAAGAGAUUCUUUGCGACUCGAUAGACAAUUACGCCCGCUCGCUGCCGCCGCAGGUCACUCAGUACUACACUGACACGGUUGGCGCCGUGCUUGACAAUGCCGUCUUCCAGAACGCCACCUCGUCGCACAACUUCACCGACUUCGCCCUUCGCGAUCUCCAGCAGCAGGUUCGCGAUUUCGUCAAGAUGGAGGGCUUCAAGCGCAUGUGGCCCAUCCAGCCGCCCAAGGAGUGGACCUUGUUCACCAUCUGGUUCGGCGUCAACGACAUCUUUCACUACUCCAAGAUCGAGCGCGCCAGGGCUCUUUUCGCCAUCGACCAGAGCAUUGACCACCUUUUCCGCCAGCUGAACAUCAUCCACGAGUGGAUGCAGGCCCCUGUCCUCGUUGUCCUCCCCAAGGUCGUCAACAUCACCCACCUGCCCCGUUUCGAGAUUGAGACUCGUGCCGACGUUGACACCACCCGUCACCGCAUCGCCCUGGAGCUGGCCAGCUACUGGAACGAGAGGCUCGAGAGCCACGCCAGGAGCUGGAUGGGCGGCCACGUCUUCCUGCUUGAGGCCGACAAGUUCAUGGAGAGCCAGGUCAUCACCAAGAAGCUCUCCAACCCCCCGAGCGUCCGCAAGAGGACCCCCGAGUUCGGCGACAUCACCACCCCGUGCCGCACUCUGAUCUACCCCCAGUCGCAGGACGAGGAUUCCGUCCAGGAACUCGGUGUGCAGGAGCAGGUUUGCGAGGAGCCGCGCAACCACCUCUUCUGGGACGAUUACCACCUCUCCGGCAAGGCUCAUGAAAUCCUCGGCCAGGCCGCCGGCAAGCUCGUCAAGAUGCGCUCCACGGCCAACCACUACGUUGCUCAGCAGGUGACCGAGGCGGUUCGCGAUUCGAUCCCGCCGUGGCUUAAGGAUCGCCUCGAGGAGUUCCAUGCGAAGAACAGCAGCCAAUAA